CCCUUCAUCGCAUUCCAUCCAUCUUCUUCCAGCACACUUGAUUGCCUUCUUUCUCUCUCUCAUACACACCCUGUCCAGGUUUUUCUCAAGCAGAAGAACCAAGGAAAUGGUGGCAAUGGACGUGGUGGUGGGGGCUGGCGGAAGGGAAGAAGAGACAGCUGAUGAAAACUACGUGAAGGGGGUAAGGCACCUGUGCGAGAGUGGCAUUUCGAGGGUCCCUGCCAAGUACAUCCUCCCUGUCCCGGACCGGCCUCAAGUUGCUCCACAUGAGAGGAAGGAUAACACUGGUUCCAAUCUAAGGCUGCCCGUGAUUGAUGUGGCUCGACUGCGUACGCCGGAUCGCGGUCGAGUUUUGGAGUGCUUGGAUAGAGCGUGCAGGGAGUAUGGCUUCUUCCAGGUGGUGAACCACGGCAUGAGCAGCGAAGCUCUACGGAGAAUAAUGGAUGUCGGGAGGAGAUUCUUCGGGCUCCCACUGGAGGAGAGAUCCAAGUACAUGACGAGCGACAUCAGGGGGCCGGUGAGGUACGGCACCAGCUACAACCAGAUACAGGACAGCGUGUUCUGUUGGAGGGACUUCUUGAAGCUCAGCUGCCAUCCACUGGAGGAGGUCCUCCCGUUCUGGCCCUCUGCUCCAAUGGAUUUGAGGGAUGAGGCGGUUUCAUAUGCUAAGCAAAUCAAAUCCUUGUUCUGUGAUAUCAUGGCAGCGGUCCUUGAGAUCCUGGGAGUGAACAGUGGCUACCUCGAGGAAUUCGAUGAUGGAACGCACCUCGUGGUCAUAAACUACUAUCCACCCUGCCCUGAACCCGAUCUGACACUCGGAAUGCCGCCCCAUUCCGACUACGGCUUCCUCACUCUCCUGUUGCAGGACGAUAUCAAGGGGCUCCAGGUUCAACUUCGCGGCAAGUGGAUCACCGUCGAGCCCAUUCCCAACUCUUUCGUGGUCAACAUCGGCGAUCAUCUAGAGAUAUUUAGCAACGGGAGGUACAAGAGCGUGCUGCAUCGCGUCGUCGUUAACUCGACGAAGCCCCGGAUGUCGAUCGCGUCCCUCCACAGCCUCCCCUUCGCGAGCGUGGUCAGUCCUUCGCCGGAGCUGGUCGACCGGGAGAACCCGAGGCUGUACAAGGACACCGACUUCGCCGCCUUCCUUGACUACAUAUCCUCCCACGAGCCGAAGCGCAAGAGCUUCCUGGAGUCGAGGAAGUUGCCUCCCCAUGAGGUGCGGUCCAAAAGUCAAUGAGGUGCAGGCAUCUUCGGUGGCGUGAGAUGUCCGUAAGAGUCCAUGCAUUGUAACCUAAAUAUUUGUCGGGCAGUAUGUGUGUAGUGUAACUCGACUCAUCGUCCUCUUGCGCUGUACCUCAGCGUCGUAAGAAGACAAAGAAGGCGGCACCCCCCUCCCCCCCCACGGAGAGGGCACAGAAGACAGCAUUCAUUUUUGCGUGUAAAAAUCUCCUGAUCAAGUGCACCAGAAAGCUUUAGUAGGUUGAACUCCUACAGCUCAGUGAUCUGUUGAACUUGCGGUGGUCUAGUGGAAGAAGAGCGUAACCUAAGGCUUGGAGCCCGGUCCGAACGGCCCGAUUUUAGAGAUCAUGCACGAAAUCGAGCCUCGACUCGUAGAAUACAUGUCGGAGGUUCUUUAAUUCUAGCGAACCUAUAAUCCUGAUGAUUGAUGUUGGCCCAUCCGUAUGUAGUUUUAAUUUCAGCGAACCGUGAAUCACGAGCCUCCAGCGUGUCUAUUUCUUUGACUCAAGUCAAAAUUCUCCUAAUCCAUACAAACAGAAAAAGAAAGAAACGAAAAAAAAAAAGAAAAAAGAAUAUGUAUCCGCGCAUUUAAUGCCUCCAGCGGCAUCCAAUGCGGGUUGAGUUACUGCAGGGCCCCGCACCGUUACCCAUCGUUACGCACCAUAACCAGGGAGGUUGGAUGCCUUCUUGCUUUCCCGGGAAGGUAUCCUAUGUGGGAGAGAAUAAAGGGUUAAUUAGUCCCCUGGGGGUUGCCAGUCACCAUGUUUUAGGUUUUUGACCAACCACUGCUAUUAAUCCUUGCUUGUUGAGCGUUUGCGGAUGGUACAGAACAAGAGAUAAAGAUGUAAGCAUGGAAACACAUCACGUUGUCUCUAUCCUAGAACGGACAGAAGAAGAAGAACAAGAAGAUAAGAUAGCUUCCAAAGGGCCCAUGAAGCAAAAGUAAAAAGCCAAGGAGAUCAUCUUGGAAGAAAGCACUAGAGCGCUGCGGAAGAGAGUGAGGAUUGAAAAGAAGAGAAUAUUGUUGCGUAACACCUACUGGCCGAGCAAUAACUCUUUCCCCAAACCCUACCUUCCGUGUUAAGCCUUGCCACCCUCCUUCCCGUCCUUUCCCCUCGCCCGUAUAUAUAUAUAUAUAUAUACAUAUAUAUAUAUAUGUUAUCCCUGUCCCGUUUAACAGGGGAAGUGUUAUCUCUCUUAUAGUAUGUCAGACUCCCCCAAGCUAUCCUGUGGCUGUGCGGCUACAGAGCCAGUGUUGCGGCCCAUCGUGACAGUGAGGUCAGAAGAAGACGACGGCAGAACCACCUCGCCAUUAAGAGAUGGUGACGGCAAUGAAGGGUGCCACACUCCGACGUCAGAAGAGAGCAAGCUGCCAUCUACUCCCUUGAACUGCCCGCCUGCGCCGAGGAAGCGCAGGAGGAUCGCCGUUAGCAGGAGGCGGCCACGGCCGGACCAGGUGGAGUUCAUCGUGGUUGGGGCCAAAGAGAUGGAGCAGCUGUUCUCGAGGAUAGAUCAGCCACCGCGACAUGCCAAGAGGCAAAGGUGUGAUAGUCCAGACGACAAGUAAGAUCGACGGCAGCAUUCAGCUUAUUUUUGCUGUUCCUCAUGGAUGUGCACUCAGAUCUGAUAGGAUUUGGUUCAUAAUCUUCUAUGUUUCUUCUUGUUAGAAGCUUUUAUAUGUGAGGUGACAGUUGAUAUGGUUCCUUAGACCUUGUGAUCCAAGGUGAUAUUGUCUUUGUAUUUCGUUUUCUUUAUCUUUUACAUAUUUUUUUCUUGUU